UUUUCUAAGAGGAUUUCUGGAAAACUGAGGGUGGAAAGUGUCAAGCAUAGUUGUAUGGGCAAAGUUAUAGAUCCUACUAAGUAGUUCCUAUUCUGAAAAAAUUUCGAAAGAUUUUCGGAGCGUUUAGGAGAAAAUGGAGGUCAAACUUCAGGAAUUUUUCUGAUAAAUUGAGUACCACUCGAACGUAAAGUUAGAUGGAGCCAGAAUUCCUUCACCAUUAGAAUCAACUCGUCAAGAGCUACAAUCUGACGUGUAAUGAUGCAAUUUUUCGUUCAUUUUCACCGUCAAACAGCCAAACGUUUACGUUUUUUCAUCUAUUAAAAAAUCUUUCGUUCUGUUUUUCUGUCACUUGGAACAAACAAAAAAAAAUGACUGUUUUCAACUGAUAAACUAUCUAUUUGUGUCAUUUAGAUCGUAAAAAAGAUUUAGUCAAAUUACGUAGUGGUGAAUAUGUCUCGUUAACAAAAGUUGAAAUGGUUGUGUCUAAAGUAUCAAUAUUUGAAAAUUGUUGUCUCUACGCAUCAUCAUCAGCUGAAUACACUGUCAUGUUACUAAGUCCAAAUUCACAACAAAUGACUGCGUAUAGUGAUAAAUAUUUUAAUACAAAAGAAUGGCAAAAAUUAUUGGAUGAUGAAAAAUUCAAUGAGAAAAUAUUAAAAGAUGUACAAGAUGCGUGUAGAAAAGGUGGUAUUGAACGUUUUGAAAUACCACAAAAAAUCAAAGUUGUUGCUGAUUCAUGGACACCAGACAGUGGUCUUGUAACGGACGCAUUAAAAUUAAAACGGAAAGCUGUUGAACAAAGAUAUAAAGAUAUUAUUGAUAAUUUAUAUAAAGAAGAUACAGUAUCACAAACGAAAUUGACAAUGUAA